UCCAAAUCAAUACAUAAUUUCACAUGACAAAUCAAAUGGAUAACGAUGAAUUUGAGAGCUUUGAAAUGAGAUUUGAUGCAAUAAUAAGUUAUAGUUGGAGAGUAGAUAGUAUGAUAAGGAGUGAGACUGCGUCAAAUUUGGGAGAAUCCCCUCUCCCUAGUUUUGAUUCCCGCGUUGACAGAGCCAUAAGGAGUAGGACUCCAUCGUCAAUGUCAAAUUUUGAAUCAUCCCCUCUCCAUACUAUUCCACGAUUAUUCACCCUGCGUGAGCUUAAAGAAGCCACCAACAAUUUCUCAGUUGAGAACAAGAUUGGUGUUGGAAGCUUUGGUGAUGUCUACAGAGGCAAACUCUUUGAUGGUGGUGACGUGGCAAUCAAAAGUGAUGGUUUCUGGUCAAAGAUAGAGGGUCUAAAUAACUCUGAAUUGGCCAGCUGGUCCCGUCUACCACCCCACAAGCACUUGGUUGGGGUAGUUGGGCUCUGUCAAGAGAAUGGUGAGAGGUUCUUGGUGUAUGAGUACAUGAAGAAUUUGUCCUUGUAUGAUCAAUUGCAUGACAAGUAUAGAAGUGUGUUGAAUUCGUGGAAAAUGAGGAUAAAAAUUGCUUUGGAUGCUUCCCGGGGAAUACAACAUGUUCAAAACUAUGCGGUUCCACAUGCUCACAGAGGAGUAAUGAAGUCUUCCAACAUUCUUCUUGAUGGCAGUUGGACGGUGAAAGUGUCUGAUUUUAGAAUGACGUUUAUGAAGAACACAACGGGAUGUGAUGAAUGCAUUGAUCCCGAGUACGACGGUGUAAAUGCGUUGACAAAAAAGAGAGAUGUAUAUGGGUUUGGAGUUGUACUGCUUGAACUUUUAACCGGAAAGAGACCUAUACUCGACUCUCACGGAGAGACCUUAUUAAGAAUGGUGGGCGGUGGAAAGCCUAAUAUUUUGCUUCGAGAUCUGAAAAUGUUUUCGGCUAAAGAUUUGAUGAAAAAUUUGGAUUCAAAGGUUGGACCACCGGAUGUGAAUGAAGCACGUGCGCUGAUGUUAAUGGCUGAUACCGCUAUCCCCUGUGUCACUGUGACUCAAGAAACACUAACCAUGGAUGCUAUUGUGGAGAAUUUGGAGCAGGCUUUGGCUAUGUGCAUGAUAGCACCGCCACUGGACUAACCAAAUCUUAUUUGUUUAUAAACAAAAAUAAAAGCAAUUCCGUCUGUGCUAUAUCUGAUAUGAUGUUUAAGAAAACCAGUAACAGUUCUGUCACAUUGCACUGUGUUAUUCCACUGCAUUUAAGUUGUAAAUUUUGACCAAUGAUUUUUCCACGGCUCUUUCCUGUCCCUGUCACCCAAACUAUACUUAACUUGAUGGUUUCUCCAUAUUUAUUUAUGAUAUUAGCUCCUUCUAGUU